AUGUUAAAGUCUCUCUUCCAUAGUGCUAAUUGGUUGUCUAAAAAAUCUGAUACAAUAAUAUUGAACAAUACGAAGCAUAUAAAAAAAAGUAUCAUAUACAAAAUAUUAAUUCCUGGGCUAAAUACUGGACUUCUUACCAGCGGAGGUGCCAAGUGGCACUCACGACGUAAGAUACUGACGUCUGCAUUUCAUUUCAAUGUAUUGCGAAAGUAUGUUGAUGUUUUAAUUGUGGAGCGACAACUCAUGACCAAGACCUUAAAGGAUGUCGAUGGAACUAUUGAAAAGGAUGUAUUUACAUUUGCUUCUAAACAUACGCUGAACGCAAUAUGUGGUAAAUUAUGAGAUAUUUUUAUUA